GAAGCAUAAUCGGCGUCUUUUUCUUUCUUUUUUUGGUUGUUGCGAUCUCAAUACUAUCCUCUCACGUUGUCAUCAAUACUCGGUUUCCCCCAUUCUUUGUCAACUCUGGGCAUUACUUAUUUGUUUAGCAUUGAUUGGAUUCGAUCGGAGAAAGGGUAUUUCAUCGAUGAUGGCGGUCUCAAGGGUUCGAUAUUUCAUGUCUUGAAUUCUUAGUUUGAGGGAGGGAGAGAUAAAUGUACUGAUUAGAUUGAUACUAUUAAAGAAAUUUUCAGAAAGCACUGCUUUAUAGAUCUGUUCUGUAUGCUCUCUCCCACUUUAGCUUUCUCCGGUCGUGUGAUCAUUUCGGGAAAAGAGCAGAAUAAGGACAAAAAGCCAGUGGGUGACUUUGUUCUUGUUGGUUAUAAGUAUUAUGUUCAUAUCAUUGUCAUAUAGUUGUUUUAGUGAUUAAAUAUAGGAUUGAGUUGAUGUUUCCUGUUUAUUUUCUUGGAAAGUUCAUUGCUUUUUGAAGCUAAAAUGAUUUGAGGGGAUUGGAUUAGAUUGCUUUUGAAGUUGAAGUGGAUUGGAUUGGAUUAGAUUGCUUUUGAAGUUGAAGUGGAUUGGAUCAUUGGAUUUUGCCAGUGUAUGGGAGGGUGAAUUAUGUGGAUCAGGUAGAGGGUUGGGGGCUAGGUUGUGAGAACUUUGUAAGGGUGUUAUUAAGAAGGGCGUGACGGAUCCCAACACAGAAAACAAGUGGUGCUAUUGUGUUCCUGUUCUGGAGUGCUUAUUGGAUAUACUUAGGGCCCUCCAAUUGGGGUCCUGCUUGUCUUUGGAAAGCAGGACCCCUAGACCUAGUUCUCCCAUGUCUGCCUUUGGGAUUAGGAAGAGGAGGAGCUCUGAGCAGAGCCCAGGGUCCCAGAACUCUCCCUUUGACUAUAGGAAGAAAGAGCGGUUGCAUAGGAUUCCCGGGCGCUUAUACCUAAAUGGCUCCAGUGAGGUGGCUUCGCUCUUCACUCAGCAAGGCAAGAAAGGGCCCAAUCAAGAUGCUAUGAUUGUUUGGGAGAAUUUCGGUUCAAGAAGAGACACAGUUUUCUGUGGUGUUUUCGAUGGUCAUGGUUCCCAUGGUCAUAUGGUCGCAAAAAGAGUGAGAGAUGAUCUGCCCUUGAAAUUAAGUGCACACUGGGAAGUUAGAGUUAAAACUGAGGAUGUCCUUCUUAGAGGGACCAGUGUAAAUACAAGUGGCAUAAACUCCGAGGAUGCUCCUUUUAUUUAUGCGGAUGAGGAGCCAAGGGCAUCCAUUGGUGUCGAAGAAAUCGAAAAAUACCCAGAUAUCUUCCAGACAGUGAAGGAAUCAUUUUUGAAAGCUUUCAAGGUCAUGGAUAGGGAGCUGAAAACAUACACCAAUAUCAAUAGCAACUACAGUGGGACAACAGCUGUCACUCUUUUGAAACAGGGCCAGAAUCUUGUAAUUGCGAAUGUUGGAGAUUCUAGAGCUGUACUGGGUACAAGAGAUAAUGAAGAUAAUUCUCUUACUGCUGUACAAUUGACUGUGGAUCUCAAACCUAAUCUUCCAGUGGAAGCAGAGAGGAUUCGUAAGUGUAAAGGGCGUGUAUUUGCUCUUCGCGAGGAACCCGAGGUUGCAAGAGUGUGGCUACCGAAAACCAACUUCCCCGGUCUUGCCAUGUCGCGUGCUCUUGGAGAUUUUUGCCUCAAGAGUUUUGGUGUCAUAUCUGUGCCAGAAGUUUCGUAUAGACGCCUAACGGAGAAAGAUGAAUUUAUCGUCUUGGCAACAGACGGGAUAUGGGACGUGCUCUGUAACGAAGAGGUCGUGAAGAUUGUGGCUUCAGCCCCUACACGUUCAUCCGCGGCAAAAACACUCGUUGAAGCAGCUGUUAGAGGCUGGAAUACCAAAUACCCUACUUCCAGAACAGAUGAUUGUGCAGUGGUCUGCCUCUUUCUUAAAGCUUUCUCAGUGGGAGAGAAUGAAGUUAACAAUGGGAAGGUGGAUGCAUCUACUACUCCAGCAGAAAUGAAUGGUUCCGACGCACUUGGAAAUGACGAAAAUGCCCUCGGGACCGAAAGCAACAAAGAACAGGGGAAAGACUGGUCUUCACUUUAGGUUUGUUCUGCACAAAAUCUUUCUUUUUUUUUUUUUUUUUUUUCUUUUUAUGAGAUGUGUUCCCAGCUGUAUUAGUGUGAGGAUCCUUCUCUCUCUCUAGCGUGGGUAGAAUUGGAAUAUUUUGUAAAAUCCUACUUGCCAUUUGCUUUGAUUCUUUAAUGUGAUUGAUCUGUUUCUUGUGUUGUAAUAUUGGUGGAUUUUUUUUUUUAAAUUUAUUUUUUUGAAUGA